AUGGAUACUAGUCGCGGCGCGCGCUGGGCGGCGGCGCUGGGGCUGCGCGGGGACGUUCUGGCGGCGCAGCGCGAGCGCUACGAGCGGCUGAAGCAGCACCUGGUGUUCCAGAUCGACGCGGCGGGCAUCACGGACCCGCUGAGCGCGAUCGCGGCCGCCACCGACGCAGCUUCAAGCAGCCACGACCAUGGCCACGACCACAGCUGGAGCCAGUACUUCACGGACGAGGGCCUGCUGGAGGAGAUCAACACGGACCUGGACCGCCUCUUCCCGGCGGGCAACGAGGGCUUCUUCCAGAACGAGAUCUACCUCAGCACGCUGCGCCACGUGCUGUUCGUCUGGUGCAGGCUGCACCCGGACGUGGCCUACCGCCAAGGGAUGCACGACGUGGUCGCUGUGGUGCUCUACGCCUUCUUGCAGGAUCAAGAGGAGCAGGAGACGGAGGUAAUUGAGGAGAAGAAACUCCGGCAACAUGCCGAGGCGGACACUUUCCUGGUGUUUGAGGCUGUCAUGCUGUUCCUGAAGCCAUUUUAUGAAAUUGUCAAGACGAGACCCGAGGCGCCGACGGGUUCCGCGGCGCGGGAUGGCAGUAGACUGUUUGAUAACUUCACCCUGAAGGAGAACGACGCUGGGAAUGCCGCCUAUGGACUGCAGACGAGGGACGGAGGCAAGCAGCCAGCGCUGCAUCGACUGUGCCACCAUGUGCAGUACGAGCUGCUGCAGCAGAAGGACCCGCAGCUUUACUACCAUUUGCAGAACCUGGAGAUUGUGCCGGAGACGUACUGUUUGCGCUGGAUUCGCUUGUUGUUUGCUCGAGAGUACGCGUUGAAAGAGUUACUGUGUAUUUGGGACGCGAUGAUUCUGGAUGCGAGUCGGGAGGCUAUCGACUUCCCGAAGAUCAACAUGACGGACAAGUCCGAUAACGACUUGCUGCAGCUGCCCAAGCUGGUCACGAAGAAUGAAGACGCGUCGUGGAUCGGCUUCCCAUUGCUGCGUUACAUCUGUGUUGCGAGGUUGCUGCAGAUGUCGUCGCUAUUGCGCCAGUCGGAUAAUACUGGCUGCUUGCGCCUGCUCAUGCGCGCGUACCAAGAGGAGGAGGCUAAUGGUUCUGGUUUGGAGAGGAAAACACAGGCGCUGGAGCUGACGAAGUUUGCCAAGAUCCUGCAAAACCCAAUGAUGGAGGAAACGCAGCACAAGAAUACUGUCGGUUCGAACGAGGAAAAUGGAGAAAAGGAUACGUUUGGGGAGAUAGAAGUUGUUCAGUUUCAAGAAGGCUCACUUGGUAUAAUUCUGACGGCGGCUGGAGCUCCUUUUGAAGAUCGACUGGCGGUGAAAUCCUUCACGAAAGACCCAACCUCGAGCGAUGGUGUGGGCCAGGCAGAAGCUAGCGACAAAGUUCACCUUGGCGAUUUACUGCAGUCGAUUAAUGGUGUACCUAUCGUGGGGGUGACUACCGAAGAAGUGAAGCGCCGACUCCAGCUAAUCGACCGUCCGAUUUACAUGGGGUUUUGCCAUUGUGGUGAGGCUUAUGGCGACGCCGAUGUUACUACUUCCGAGGACUCUGAAGCUGUCGACGCCUCGGAUGCAACAGGCUCUUCAUUGGCCACAGAUACGGCGCUGUCCGAGCUAGUGCAACCAGUGUUUUUGCCCGGCGAGCUUUGCUACGCUAACGUCGAGACUAGCAUGCAGCGACUUGUGCUCUCUCACGACGGAUCGUGCCUAUCUCACUACAUUAGCGGGAAGCUGUUCAUUACAAACUACCGGUGCUUUUUCACGCGCCUGCUCGGUCGCGGAGAAAUUGACUGGCAGAUCCCGGUCCUUUCGAUAGCCUCAAUUGACCGUGUUGACCCUCGUGCGAUUCCGUUGGGUACGGGUGCUACUGGUCUAUCGCUGGAGAAUGUGCAAGUCGCGCUGGGUUUUGUUCCAGAUGACUCGUACAAGGUUGUGAUUCGUUGUAAAGAUACUCAAGUGGCGCGACUAUCGAUUUCGGACCAUGGCGAGUACAGCAAGCUUGUGAAGUGCUUGAGCUUCCUGGCGUUCCCGAAAAGCCUGCUAGAUGCAUUUUGCUUCGCGUAUUCUCCAACUGUGGCGCCAUCCGAAGAAGUACAGUUUGAUAUUCGUCAGGAGUACGGGCGCAUCGGUUUGCUUUCGAUGCCCGACCACCUGCGCUGCAUCGACCAGUCUCCCAAGUACACGCUGUGUGAUACGUAUCCGCGGCAUCUUAUCGUGCCUGCCGACAUCUCGGACGUUCGCCUGAAAGCAGCAGCUACGUUCCGGUCGCACCAACGGCUACCUGUCGUGAGCUGGAUCCACCGCGACAACGGAGCUACAAUCGUUCGGUCGAGCCAACCGCUUGUGGGUUUGAAGUCUGCACGCAGUGGAGAAGAUGAACUGCUCGUUCAGCUGCUGUGCUGUUCUAGCAACAAGAAAGCGUUCGGACGCUACGUGAUCAUGGAUGCUCGCAGUCAACUUGCCGCCGUGGGCAAUAAGGCCAUGGGAAAAGGUACGGAGAUCUCGAGCAACUACCGCGGAGCUAAGCUCAUGUUCAUGAACGUCGAGAACAUUCACUCGGUGCGGCAGUCGCAACUCGCACUUGCAGCAAUCUUCGAGCCCAAGAAGAGCGCGAGCGAGGACACGUCCAGCAGCUUCUACGGACGAAUCGACAGUUCUGGUUGGCUACGCCAUGUGCGUCUGCUUCUUAAGGCGUCGGUGGAGCUGGCACACACAGUGAACAGUGGCACGUCGGUGUUGACGCACUGCAGCGAUGGCUGGGACCGUACGGCGCAAAUGGUAGCAUUGGCCGAGCUCAUGCUGGAUCCGUACUACCGUACACUACGUGGAUUCCAGGUAUUGGUGGAGAAGGAGUGGUGUAGCUUCGGCCACCAGUUCGCUUUGAGGAGUGGCCACGCUCGCAGUGACGUCUCGAAUGAGCAACGCUCGCCUGUGUUCCUGCUCUGGUUGGACUGCGUUUGGCAGUACAUUCGCCAGUACCCUACGGAAUGCGAGUUCAACGAGAGCUUUCUGCUCACGCUUGCUGACCACGUCUACUCGUGCAAAUUCGGGACGUUCAUGUUCGACUGCGAGCGCCAACGGAAGGACUUCUUUGCCAAGCACCGCGUGUUCUCGAUCUGGAGCGAGAUCAACAGCCAGAGCGAGCGCUUCACGAACCACAUGUACGCGCCCAGCGACCAGGCCACGGUGCUGUCGCCCAGCACGCUCUCCAAGAACAUCAAGCUAUGGAAGGGCUACUUCUGCCGCUGGGACCCGACCGUCAUCCCUCCCGUCCCUGCUACUACGAUCACCAUGGCGCUUCCUCCUCCGCCGGCGCUGGCCGCCGUGGCGGCCCCCUGGGUCCUCAUGUUCAUCUUCGUGGUCUGGGCGUUCGUGCGCGGCUUGAGCUGCUCGGUCCCUCGUGCUGCGCGUGGAGAGACCAAGGGACUUCGCGUGGGGUUCCUGCACCCGGACUUCGGCAUCGGCGGCGCCGAGAACCUCGUGGUCAACGCGGCGGUGGCGCUGCAGCAGCGCGGCGCUCACGUGACCGUGUUCACGGCCCACCACGACGUGAACCACUGCUUCGAAGAGACGCGCGGCGACGGGCCGCUGGCGGCGCAUGUGCGCGUGCACGGCGACUGGCUGCCGCGCACGAUCCUGGGCAAGCUCUACGCGUUCUGCGCCGUGGUGCGCGUGCUGCUCGUGACGCUGUGCGUGGCGGUGUACUACAUCAACGACCUGGACGUGUUCGUGGUGGACCAAGUGUCCAUCUCCAUCCCGUUCCUGCGCGCGCUGGGCAAGCCUGUGCUCUUCUACGGCCACUUCCCGGACAAGCUGCUCUGCAUCCGCUCGGACUCGCCCUGGAAGCGGCUGUACCGCGUGCCGCUGGAUUAUUUGGAGGAGAUCACGACGGCGGCGUCCGAUAUCAUUGUGGCCAACAGCAAGUUCUCGCGCGGGGUCUUCCAGGAGGUUUUCCCGCGUCUGCAGUCCAAGACGCUCGGUGUGCUGUACCCGCCUGUUGAUGUCAAGGCGUAUAAAGCUACUGCUGAGGCAGAUGUGGAGCGCGACUCCGGUCUCUUUGUGUCGCUGAACCGCUUCGAGCGUAAGAAGAACGUGGCUCUGGCCAUCGAAGCGCUCGUGGAGCUGCGCAACCGACUGCCAAGCGACGAGUUCCAGCGUGUUAAGCUCAUUGUCGCUGGAGGAUACGACCCGCUCAACGCUGAGAACAAGGAACACCUGAUUGAGCUUCAAGAUGUGGUAGCCAAGCACAGCCUUGGAGAGCACGUGGAGUUCCGUACGUCCGUGUCGAACUCCAUGAAGCUAGAGCUGCUGCGCAAGGCUCAUGCCAUUCUGUACACACCCAACCGUGAGCACUUUGGCAUCGUCCCCGUCGAGGCCAUGGCUUGUGGUACUCCCGUUGUGGCCGUGAGCUCUGGCGGUCCUCUGGAGUCCAUCGCCGAUGGCGAGACGGGCUUCCUAUGCCAGCAGAAGCCUGAGGCUUUCGCUGAGGUCAUGGCAGAGCUCUGCGGACCCAAGCACAGCAUCAGGGUUGUCGAGAUGGGCGCGUGCGGCAGACUCCGGGCUCAGAAGCUGUUCUCUCUGGAAACCUUUGGCGACACCCUGCUCGAUCUGGUGAACCAGGCCGUGUACGGCGAGAAAUCGGCGUAG